AUGAGAGGACAAGUUAAAGUCCUGUGUGCCAGAAGAAGGCGGCAGAGAGGCGAGUGCAGGAGCGUGCGGCGCUUCCGGGUGUGGAGCGAAAAACCUCGGUUGAAGAGCACAGCGGGCUCAUCCCAAGCCCCCCAGCUGAUCCCGCAGCAGUACGGGAUCGGCCCUCCCAUCAACCAGGAUCAGCCCACAGAGGAAGACCUGGUCUGGACCAAACAGCUGAUUGAGAUGCUGAACACAUGCGAGUUGUUCAAUGAUGAGGUGGAGCUGCAGCACAGGGAGAAGGUUGUGAAACAGCUGGAAUCCCUCUUUGAGGAGUGGAUCAUGGAAAUAUGUGAAAAACUGAACUUACCUGAUUACGUGACAGAAAAAGUUAGAGUCAAGUUUCUACCAUUCGGCUCCUAUCAUCUGGGAGUUGACUCCAAAGGCGCUGAUAUCGACGCCCUUUGCGUUGGCACCAGAUUCGUCGAGAGAAAAGACUUCUUCACCUCUUUCUUUGAGAAGCUGAAAGCUCAGAAAGAGGUCAAAAACAUAUGGGCCAUUCAACAUGCAUUUGUCCCCAUCAUCAAAAUGUCAUAUGAUGGAAUUGAGAUCGACUUAGUCUUUGCCCGAUUGUUACGCGAAAGCGUCCCAGACAUUCUGGAUCUUCAAAACAACUCCUGGCUGAAGGAGAUCGACAAAGAGUCCAUCUUGAGUGUCAAUGGCUACAGAGUUACUGCAGCGAUCCUGAGGUCUGUGCCGAACAUCCACAACUUUAGACUGGCUUUGAGAGCCAUCAAGCUGUGGGCCAAACGUCGAAACAUUUACUCCAGCAAGCUGGGCUUCUUGGGAGGUGUGUCGUGGGCCAUACUGGUGGCCAGAAUCUGCCAAGUGUACCUGAACGCCACAGCGUCCACCCUGGUCAUCAAAUUUUUUAAAGUUUACAGCCUGUGGGAUUGGCCUCUCCCGAUUGAGUUGAAGCGUCCGGAGAGCUGCGACUUAGACCUUCCUGUUUGGAAUCCCACGGUUAAUCAAAAUGACCUGAUGCCCAUCAUCACCCCGGUGUACCCGCAGCAGAACACGGCAUUCAACGUGUCUCCCUCCACCCUGGUCAUCAUGACGGAGGAGAUCCAACGGGGCUUUGCCAUCACUGAAAAUAUACAAAAGAAGAAAGCGGACUGGUCCAAACUGUUUGGAGCAUCAAACUUUUUAAAGAAAUACCAGCAUUUCAUCCAGUUGCAAGCUUCCUCGGCCACAGAGAAGCAGCAUCUCGAAUGGGUUGGCCUGGUGGAGUCAAAAAUACGACUCCUGGUCAGAAUGCUGGAAAGAAAGCCGUGCGUUAACCGGGCCCACGUUAACCUCCAGUCCUUCUCUGGAUCCAGCGAGCUCAAUCACAAAGAGAGAAAGAUCACAAAGUGGCUGAUUGGACUGGACUUCAAUGUGAAGGGGUCUAAUAACCUGAAAAAAGACCUGACCUGCUCCCUCAUGUCCUUCUCUGAUACACUCUACAGUCUGGCAAAACGCUGCCAGGUCUACAAAGAGGGGAUGACCAUUUCGGCCACGUACAUGGCCGAGGACAACCUCUGCUGGGAGGCGCCGGGCGAACUAUUCCAAAAGGUAUCGGCAUUAGCUGCUCACUGCUCCGCCGUCCAGGCGUCCACGUCCAGCCAACCUGCUGCAACCUCCCCCGCUCCACGGGACACGAGGAGACAUUGUUCUACCCACCCAGAGGCCUCAUCCAAGAGAUUCAAGUCUGGCGAGGAGCCAACAACCCAAGGCCCCGGCUCUAAUGAGUCCUCGGGCUUCUCCGUCAGCGUGAGUCCGUCUCAGAGUGUGAGCCAAGCGAGCAUCGACAGACCCGGCACUCCUGAGCCCGAGAACACAAGCGAGCGAGUCAAAAUCGACCAGAAUCUGCCCACUGCUGAGCUGUUGGACCUGCCCUCCGUCCUCACCAGGCCUGCUGCAGCCGUGAAACGGGCCAUCAGGAUUCAACUCCUCAUGUACGCGCACAGAAUUAGGAACCGCGACUUCUCCGUGACACGUGUACAUCAGAUCCUAGUUCUCCCGGUGCGAGUAGAUCACUGGGAAUGUUGA